AUGCAUCAACGACCGCGGCCAGCGUCUCGUCCGGCCCCGGAGGCCCCCAGUCCUUCGAUACCGCCGGAUGGAAAACAGCUCUCUGAGAGACAGGCACAGGACCAGGUCACCAAGCUCAACCAGAUCAUUCAGAACUACCACACGAAAGCUGCACUGAUUAUUCUUCACUCGAGGACGGUUUUGCGGCCAAUCUACAAAGACGGUGUCAAGAGAGUAAACAAAUGGUUCAAUGUCGAGGUAGAUGACACGGACACAUUGCGAGAAGACCUCGCCCAAUGGCGGAACUGUACCACUACCGACAGACGGCCGGAGCCCCUCGUCAUCGAAACUUUCAUCGAUGCCUCACAGCUCCAGAAGCAUGAGGAACUGGUCAUCUUGGACGAAUAUGGUAAACGAUGGGACGUUCUUGAGGCUCUUUCCGACAUUCCUGGGGGUCCAGAGAAGAAAAGUAGGGCAAGGAAUGAACAUCGAAUUCUACCCGCAAGCAAGUGCCAGCAUGGCAGCCCAUCAGAUACGCUGACCAUCCCUCUACACGAUGGCAGCGGUGAUGCAGCUGAAAACUACUCGUUUGGCGUGACGGAGUCCCCUGCUGGACCACUCUCGAUCCGAGUGACUUAUCGUGCAAACUGCGAAUUCCGCAUCGAUGAUUCUGAGACAAUGCUCAGCUCUCGAUUUAUGGGUGUAGAUGAUGAAUUGUUCCGUCCUUCUCUGCCAACAGAGAAUGACCGUGGUGACCAUCGAACCCACAAUGUAGAUGUUGGUUCCCUUCCAGCUAGGCAUAGGACAUCACAUAAUCCAGACCUCAGCCAAGCGUAUGGCAGCAUGUCUACUUUCCACCGUGCUGAUCCAAACAUCAAAGGAAGCCCCAUAUCUGCCCUCCGUGCGGCUCGAGAUAUCGGUGGCUCGCCGUCUUCCCCGACAUUCAUGCCAUCGCCCAAACUUGGCCACGCACGACUUGCCUCACUUUCAGGAGAAGAUGGACACACACGGCAACGCAGGCCGUCAGUUUCUUACCAGCCCUUCAAGGCUCCGCCAUUGUCUGCUUCACCGGGUCCCAGCGCCGCGCGUAGUCCAUCAACUCGGGAACCUCUGAGUAUAAACGUCAAUACAAGUCAGAAUAUCCAGCCCACUCCGUCUCCUAGAAAGAUACCUACCUCAUCCACCCGCCCUCUGUCAGCGCAUAUUUUACCCGACCAAGCCGUCUUUUCAUCGAUGUCUGCAUCACCCAAGCAAGCGCCUAUCUCGCGGUACAGCAGCUCCUUCAGCCAUCGACGCGGUCGUCUCUCUACUGGCGGAGGAAGCAAGACCGAAGAAGAUAAUAACUCUAGUGGUAAAGCAAGCAUAAGUUCAUCGUCAGCUGCGGCAGUGGGACAGCGAGACUCAGCAUCAGGUGUUUUCCCCGUCAUCGAUACGGAUGAAGAUAACAUAUCUGAUUUCCUCAAGUUGUUGGACCAGCGGAAAGAUUUACUUUCUAACGGCCCCGAUGGCUCGACCUUCGAUCCGGCAUCGAGCAGGCGAACUACCACAGCAACAUUAUCCAGGUUCCAGAAGAUGAAGGACGCUAAUACAGCUUUAUCGGAUUCGAUGACUUCCUCUCUCUUACUACAUCGAUCAAACAUUACCUCGUCAUCCAACAAACAGCUUCCACCAGCCUCAACGAGCAGCCCCGUUGCUACGGCCAUACCGAGCUCUGUACCCAGCGGCGUCUCAGGCUCUGUAUCCUCCUCUCCAGGCAAAGCUAUCUCUCCACAUACACCCCAUACCCCGGCUGUCCCUUCCCGGCUCAGCUCAAACAGUGUAAUCGAAUACCCUAGCCCUGAUGACCCGGGCCACAUCAUUACCAAUACUGCCCGUUCUCGCCGUGCGCCCCGUUAUGAUUCUCCACUAGGUGAAGCGUCUGAGCCUGAGCCGGAACCUGAAGCGAGGCCUCAAUCGCAAACGACUACAACAGCUAAUGCGAUUGAUAUACCACUACCUGUAUCUCCUCAUCACCCUCACCACCGCAGCGGGGCAUUUAUCCCUAGCUACCGUCGUUCCAGCUCAGCUGCUCAUCGUCGUACUAGCACUGCGAAUUCAAACAAUACCGCAACAGGAGAUGAAGACGUUCCUGACUUCUUGCCUUUUCCUACUACAACUAGGAGUAUCAGUUUAGGCGCUCAGGACAGAUCCCCGCCAUCUAUCAGCGAGUUGCUGCAGGCUCCUAGUCCGGACUUAGAGAAUCAGCCUCUAGUGUCUUCCGCAAUCGACAGGCGUGAGAACGAAAGCCCCCAGCCUGAGGGUAGUGCAAAUGAUAGAACAACCCCCCGUUAUCAGCCUCGCUUUACUCAAGUACACGAUCGAGAGUCACAAGGACACACCUCGCACACACAUGCACGACGAGCUAGCACAAGACGCUUCAGCACCGCUCGCUCACCUUGGGUUAAUACAAACCCGGCAUCCAGCUCCAAUCCCCAUGGCAAUGGAAUCAUGGAUGAAGACGAGCCACUCCUAUUCACAAUGUCUGAUUUCGGAGCCGGUGUCAACCAACGUACAACUACCGAAGGCAAUGCCCUGGAAUCAAGGAGAGGGCGAGACACGCGCCGAGACCGUGAUCGAGAACGAAACCGAGAGAGUGAUGGUGGCGGCUCUGGCUCUGGUGGUGGGAAUCCCUGCUCAUUUCACCCCUGGGAUUAA